UACCAUGUUGUGUUAUUAAAUAAUAAUGAAAUAAGUAUUAUAAGCGUAAUAACAUCGUGCCCGUGUUAAAACAGAAUUAUGAACAAUUUCUGUAUGUGAAAAGACUUAAUUAGAGUAAUAUCAAAAAUAUACAAUCGGAAAGAAUAAAGAAUGGACAAGUUACUAUGUUUGUUACUACUGACGAUCAUGAACGGAGGUUUUUCGGAGAGCUACAAAAUAUUAGUAUCAUUUCCUGUACCUAGUCAGAGUCAUAAAAUACUUGGCGAUGGGGUGGUCAGAAAUUUAUUGAAUGCUGGACAUGAGAUUACCUACAUAACAUCAUUCCCAGUGUCAAAUCCAAACCCAAAUCUGCGAGUAAUUGAAGUAGCUAACAAAUUUCAAGAUAAUCUUAAUUUAAAGGCUAUAAUAAAUAAGGAAGUAGAUAUGAAAGACUGGAAAUUAUUCUUCGACAUGGUAGCCAACUUGAACAAUGGUACUCUAUGGAACGAGAAUGUACAGAAACUAUUGAAUGAUCCAAACGAACGAUUUGAUUUAUUUAUAACUGAAUGGUUUUAUACUGAGGUACAAAUAGGAAUGGCAGCUGUAUUUGAUUGUCCUUAUAUAUGGGUAUCAACAGUGGAGCCACACUGGUUAAUAACGAGGCUCGUUGACGAAUAUUUACAUCCUGCGUAUAAUCCUGACAUCAUGUUAAGCAGUUCAACACCAUUCAACUUCCAAGAACGCAUAGAGCAAUUGACUACCCAGAUUACAAUGACGGCAGUCAGAAUGUUUUAUUUAAAUGGAAUCGAGGAAAAGACAUAUACAGAUGUGUUUGAAACAAUAAUAUCAAAAAGGGGUAGAACAUUACCUCCAUUCAAACAAGUUUUAUACAAUGCAUCGUUAGUAAUAGGGAACUCACACGUGUCAUUAGGACAAGCCACGAGGUUACCCCAGAAUUACAAGUCUCUAGGUGGAUAUCAUAUUGAUGAUGUAAAAAAAACACCGCUUCCAGAGGACUUAAAACAGUUAUUAGACAAUGCGAAGAAUGGAUUAAUAUAUUUUAGUAUGGGUUCAAUUUUGAAAAGCAAAGAUAUGCCAGAAGAAAUGAAAACUGGACUACUGAGAAUAUUUGGCGAGUUGAAAUAUACGGUGCUUUGGAAAUUCGAGGAACCUAUUGCCAAUCUUCCAAGUAACGUCCAUGUAAUACAGUGGGCACCGCAACAAAGCAUUUUAGCGCAUCCGAAUUGUAUUCUCUUUAUAACACACGGAGGUCUUCUGUCGACGACAGAAGCAGUUUACUUCGGGAAGCCCAUGAUAGGGAUACCAGCAUUUGCUGAUCAAUUUGCAAAUGUUGACAGAAUGGUGAAGAAAGGUUUUGCGAAGAAAGUUGAUUUAACUCUCUCACUGGGUGAUGAUCUGAAGGCAAUAAUUUUGGAUAUUCUCAAGGAUUCUAGUUAUACAGAAAAAGCGAAGCAGCUAUCAUUUAUAUACCAUGACAGACCGGUGCAUCCGGGCGCGGAGCUGGUGCACUGGGCGGAGCACGUGGUGAGGACGCGCGGCGCCCCGCACCUGCGCUCGCCCGCCCUCGCAGUGCCUCUCUACCAAAAGUUGUAUCUCGAUCUUAUAGCUGUAAUUGUAAUCUUUAUUAUAAUAAUUAUAUAUGUAAUAAAACGUGUUAGUUCAUUAUUAUUUAAUAAAAAUAAAAUUAAAACUAAAAAGUUGAACUAA